ACUCUUGACUCCCGAGUCACAUAAAAUAUUCGUUCAAAAUGAACGAAUCGUUCAGACAGAUCAGUGCAGUAACGGAAACCGAGCUGUAUCCAGUGUAAACGAGGCUCUUGGCUGGGAUUAUACUUAUUCUGGACAUAACAGUAGGAAGUGAAAGGUCAGACAUUUCAGUAUGAAUGAGGCAGAAGGACUGCGAUUCAGGAAGCUCAAUCGAGCUCAGAUAUUAACAGAUGAAGCUCAUGAACCCCAAAACAAGAGCACGAGCACGUACAGUGGGAAGGUGUUCCGGGUCACUCUGCUGUCUCUGACUGUGUUCCUGAUUCUCCCAAUCCUGGUGGUCACUUUUCUCCUGGAGUCCCCCAUUCAGCCAGAAGCGUUCAGUCUCAGUGAACCACCGCUCAUGACUGGUUGCUUUGAACCCAACCUAAAGUUGAGACAGGCAGAAAGACUGUUUGAGGACCAGCUCAUUGGGCCUGAAUCCAUCGCAAAUAUUGGAGAUAUUCUAUACACUGGUACUGCAGAUGGAAGGAUUGUGAAAAUUGAUGGGAGGAAAAUCAAGGUUGUAGCAACACUGGGCAAACCUCCGUGUGGGUCUCCUGAGCACGAGCAUGUUUGCGGAAGGCCGCUUGGAAUCAGAGUGGGUCCGAACGGCACCUUGUUCGUGGCUGAUGCCUACCUGGGCCUGUUUGAGGUUAAUCCUGUCACGGGUGAGACAACACUUCUAGUGAGCACCAAGAAGCUGAUCGGGGGUCGGCGUCUCUCAUUUGUCAAUGACCUGGAUGUGACACAGGAUGGGAAGAAGUUGUAUUUCACUGACUCCAGCAGCAGGUGGCAGCGUAGAGACUUCAUGAAACUCAUCAUGGAGGCCACAGCAGAUGGCCGGGUUCUGGAGUAUGAUACUGAGACUAAAGAAGUUGCAGUCAUGAUGGAGAACUUGCGUUUCCCUAACGGUAUUCAACUCCUUCCUGAUGAAGAGUCUGUUCUUGUUGCUGAAACUACGAUGGCAAGAAUAAGGAGGAUUCACGUGGCUGGUCUCAAUAAGGGAGGCAUGGACACUUUUAUAGAAAACCUGCCUGGCUUCCCUGACAACAUCCGCCGCAGCUCCUCUGGUGGUUACUGGGUGGCCAUGUCUGCCAUCCGGCCAAACCCUGGCUUCUCCAUGCUCGACUUCUUGUCAGAAAGACCCUGGAUUAAGAAUAUCAUAUUUAAGCUCUUCAGCCAGGAAACACUAAUGAAGUUUGUGCCACGCUACAGUCUGGUGGUGGAGCUGCGCGAUGGAGGAACAUGUGUGCGGAGUUUCCACGACCCUCACGGCACUGUGACGGCCUACAUCAGCGAGGCCCAUGAGCAUAACGGUCACCUUUACCUGGGCUCCUUCCGCUCUCCUUACCUCUGUAAACUGGACUUGAGCAAAGUGUAAACCAGUCCUACAUGAACAUGGGACUAGCGCUCGUAUGCUCGUACCCUGGGGCUGCUUCUUUAUCAGUCAUGUAACAUUUUCCUCAACAAACCCUUUUUGUACCCUGUCCCACAAUCCUCUGCUGAACCUGAGUCCUUCGUGCACAUUAAUGCAGAUAUUCGGCUUUGACACAGCAUUUAGGUUUUUGUUCUGUAUGAGCCAUGUGACUAUUUUAAUUCUCCCUUUUUAUGUUGAAUGAUGCACAUAUAUAAACAUGCCUGCAGAUGCCAGCUUGCUUUAUUUAAAAAAGGUGACAUUUCUAUAUUUGUUUUGCUCUUAUGACAGAUGGUGAACAGUGUUUGCACUGUGAUUUCUGUUAUUUGCACUGAACUCUCCUCUGGCCCUUAAAAUAGAGCUGCUGAGUUACUUGAAAACUUUGCAACAGGAAUAUCAGUGCAGAUGACAACUUGUGAAAUUUAUAACUUCUAGUUGCAAGACUGAAAUGUAACUCUGGAAUGACAAAACAGUAUUUUACAUAUCCAUUGCUUUACCUUAACACAUUGGCAUUAGUUAAGUUUUGAGAGUCUCUGAGCUUCCAUUUGCAAAGUUCAUUUCAGCGCUGAAGAGGGAACUGGCAAUUAGCAAUAAUUUCAUGUUGAAUGCUUUGCUAAUUUGUGAACUGUGGUAAUUGUCUGUGGUAACUUUUUCAUAUCAGCUACUGCAUAGCGUGUACAAUAAAUUAAAAGAAAGAGCGA